GUGGAUAUCAGUAAUUGACGAGUCAUUUUGAAAAGAGAAAUUUUCUACAAGUUUUGCAUCAUAAACAAAGGCGUUCAAUAUUUUAUUGCCACGUACGCUUAAUACAAUAUUAGUAGCUGAUGACAUAGAUAAACAAAGAGUAUUUACAUUGACGCAAAAGAAGCACCUUGAGCUUGGGCAUAAAAAGAAGUGGAUUUCUUUCACAAUCUCCAGGUAGAGAACAGUUCAGUUGAAAAGGACAACAAAUCAACGAUAGAACAUAAUGCAAAGACGAGGCCGUGGAGGCCUAGGAAUAUUCCUUUUACUUGCACAACUUUACAACUUUGGGUUCAACAGAAUACCUCCUGUGACACUUUCAUUUAUCGCGGGUAAUGCAGCGAUUUACCUACGAUUAUUACCGAACCUUCCUCGUCUUCGCGAUGCGUGCGUGAGCGCUAAUCACGUCUGGUAUUAUGGCGACUGGUUAAGACUCGCUUUGGCGCCUUUUUUCCAUCUAGAUGACUGGCACUUGUACUAUAACAUGGCUUCCUUUUUAUGGAAAGGCAAAAGCUUGGAGACUAAACUUGGAAGCGGGAUGUUUUUGUACCUGUUGGCCGUUUUCUCCGUUCUAACGAGUGUGGUGCUCGUUGGUUUGGACAUUUUCCUGGCAAAUGUCACGGGUGACUCUUCAUACCUGUAUUCAUGUGCUGCUGGUUUCUCAGGCGUGAUAUUUGCGCUGAAGGUGUUGACAACAUAUGAGCUGCCGUCAGGUGUUAGUAUGGUGAUGGGGAUGUUUCCCAUUCCUGUGCGCUAUGCCUGUUGGGCGGAGCUUAUUCUUAUCCAGCUGAUGGUACCAAAUGCCUCGUUUACUGGCCAUCUUGCUGGAAUAAUUGUUGGUCUGCUGUAUGUUAAAGGGCCACUAAAGUCAAUACUAAAUAUUCUACCAGGAAUAGGUUCUGGAAUAAGCAGACAGAUGAGUUCACAGCGUUCAUAUACCUACCACAGGGGAACUACUGGUCAGAGGAGUCAACGACCACGUAUGCCACACCCAAAUGACCCAGAUGAUGAAGAACUGCAAGCAGCAAUAAGGGCGAGUCUACAAGAAAACCGCUUCACCCCGCCCCCCCCUAGGUAUGACGUGCCUCCCUACCCUACCCAUAACGGUGAAAAUGAUCCAGCAUUCCAAGCGACAAUCCAUGAGAGUUUAUUAUCAGCAAGACAUCCUAAUGACAACAGCGCAUCUUACAGGCGCCCACCAUAUCCCCAUCAUGCACCAGAGUAUGAACCCCCUCCGCCAUACUCAGAGGCUGCCAAUGAGAGACUCUACCCACGUAUCCCAGAUUCAUCAUUGCCCAGUGCCCCGCCCUACUCUGACUCAGGCACACUACCUUACCCUGUUCAUGGCACCAUGCCGACACCUGAUGAUAUCAGACAACGGCGGCUUAGAAGGUUUAAACAGUAGUCAAGAGGAAAAAAAUGAUGACCCUAGAGUAGGUCACCUCUGCAUUGUAGAGAAAAGGCCCUGUUAAGUUAUGAAGUUUGUUAGGUUCAAACUCUACCCUCUGCCCAUAUCUAAAAGCUUAAAAUGAGUACAAACAGGGUUGGGUGGUACUCCUUUGCAAUGUAGGGGCAGGGCUUGUUAGGUUCAAAUACUAACUCCUUCCAAUAAUCUAAAAACUUUGAAUGAGUGCAAAAAGGGGACCAAGUUCCCCUCAGGAAACAAAUACAAGCCUCAUGGCUUCCAUUUGAAGCGUAGAAAUAUUCUGCCAGGUGUUCCCUCUAAUUGUUCGCUGUAGUUUCUGAGAUAUAUUGUAUUUGCUACGAACUCUGCAAUUCAGUAACAAGUGUAUUAUCAGUAGUUUGCAUAACUUAAUUCGACAAAGUUAUAAAAUGUCAAUCAACAAUGAUUAAUGGAUGUGUAAUGGAGAGAUUUGAAUUAAAUUAACGGGGACUAAAAGAUAAGAUACCAUUGCCACAUAUCAGGUCACCAGAAUUAAA